CUUCUGCCUUGCGAUCUAAAUAGUGAAUCGAGAAGUCUGUCACUGGCUUAAAGCCUCCAACCAGGUUUUAUUGACUUGACACAACCUGACUCUCUGCUCAUAUCUUGAUAAUUUCUACCACUUCGGCAUUUUCUUCCUGCCUUCGAGCCGCUUGAUCUAGGAUUCGCCAUCACCAGGAACUUUCACAAUGGCAACCCGGCGCGCUGCUGCGCUCAAUCGCAUCCGCGGACCUCAAUCUGCCCUCACAGAUUUCCUUGCCUCUCACAACAUCUCGGCCCAACAGAUCCAACAGGAUUACCAGCAACGCCUCGCCGAAGCAGAGCGGGAGAGAAGAGACAGCACCGAGAAUGCGGACGUAGCCCAAGAAGAAGCAUCCGACGAUGACAGCGAGGAUCCUGUCGAGCGCAAGAAGCGCAAGAGAAAACAAGAGAUGGCUUUGAUGAAGAUCAAACAGAGCAAAGAGUUCAAAAAACGCAAAAUGGAGCGUGAACAGGAGGAAGGCAGCGACUUCGAAAUGGACGACGACGAAAUCGCCAGGACCAUGAUGGUCAAAGCCAAGCCCCUGCCCGGCCAACUUGACAACUGCGAACUGUGUGGAAAGAGAUUUACCGUAACACCAUACAGCCGGACUGGGCCUGAUGGUGGUCUCUUGUGCACAAAGUGCUCCAAGGAACUGAAGGAAGAGGAAAAGAAAGAUGCCCAGGCGAAAAAGAAGAGGACUUCAGUUCCCAAAGGUCGGCGUCGGCAGACCGAGAGCGAUCGGAUGAUGGGCGACGUCAAACCGGGCGCCAAAAGCCUCGUUGACAUGUGCGUUCGUAAAGUUGCCGACGUCGUCAACGAUAUCGAGGAAUUUGGUGACAUGCCACAAAAUCUGUUGGAUCGAUUGAGCCAGAUCUUUUCGAAACGAAGAGUGCUCACUCCUCGAAUCCUCGAGCUCUUCCUGCGCCCUGAUGUCGACCGUAUCAUCGUGUAUGACUGCGGCAAACUGGAGCAGGAAGACUUCCAAAAGAUCUUCGCAUUGAUGCCUCAAGUCGAGAUCGUCAACUUGCGCUUCGCAGGCCAGCUGAAGGACGCACCACUGCUGUAUAUGGCCGACAAGUGCAGGAAGAUUCGUCACCUCCAGCUUGGUGCAACAAACUUAGUCUCAGACAAGGCAUGGAUUGAGCUGUUCAACUCACUUGGUCCUCAACUGGAGAGUCUGAAGUUGUCGGAACUCAAUGACUCAUUGAAGGAUGAAACAGUGGUGGUAUUGACGGACAAAUGUCAGAAGCUCAAGAGACUCAAGUUAAGGUCUUGUUCACACAUGAGUGAGGCAUCGCUUGACGCCCUCUGCUCCCUGCAGAAUCUCGAGCAUCUCACCCUCGGCAGCGUCGCACAGGAGACGUCCUCAGAGACCCUUACUAAACUCAUCUCCACUCUAGGGCACAACCUCCGUACUCUUUGUCUCGAAGACUUCCAUGAACUCGACGAUACUGUCAUCGAAGCCAUCAAGAACCACUGUCUCAAUCUCUACAAGCUACGCAUUCGAGGAAGCAGCAUCUGCACGGACCGUUCCUUUGCCGAUCUCUUCGAUGGCAACUGUCCCUUCCCUCCUCUGCUUUACGCCGACUUCUCGGACAACCGCGACAUCGACAAUACGAACCCUGAAGGCCCGCAAGACGACCCAAUUGGCUUUGGCUCCCUGGCGCUCUCAGCACUUAUGGCCCAUUCCGGUUCUCGACUCGGGUCUCUCAAUCUCAAGGCUUGUCGUCACGUCUCCCACUCUGCACUCCUCGAAGUCUUUGACGGUGUCAAGCAGUAUCCUUUUCUCAAAGAUAUGGAUUUGUCCUUUGUUACACAGGUGGACGAUGUGGUCAUGACUGGAAUAUUCAAGAGCUGUCCUUCGCUGGCAAAGUUGGUUGUCUUUGCCUGCUUCAAUGCCAGGUGGACAAGCAUCCCGGCUGGAAUCGCCGUGAUCGGAUUGCCGAACGCGAGUGCGAAUAUUGUGCAAGGAGACUUUGUCGUGGAGGUAUAAUGUCGAAGUUUCAUGGUUGCAUGAUAAAGAAAGUAGGGAAUGUAGAUGGCAGAUUGGGAGAGUCUCUAUGCUGAACGGGUACACGAGGUUAUGAUGAAAGGACGACAACGCAACGAGCAAGGUGGCGCCGAGCUGAUGCAUGCCUCGAGUUUCCGAGGCAACGUGGACGCGCCAGCAGCUUGUCCUCUGGCACUGUGAUUCACCGGUGGUGAGAGUGUUGAAGGAAACAAGACUUGCUUAUAGCAUCCAAAAACACAUGUGAAUUAUGCUCAGACAAAGGAUGUGCAUUAUUUUAUGGCAAUGCCACCAUAGACGCUCAAUCCACUUGCUGCCUCCACUAUCAUACAUCGAAAGGUGUUCUUGUGGCAGUCCUAGACAUGUACUCCUGGUCAGUAUGUUUAUU